AUAGCCAUGCCAGCACACGGGCCUUCACAUAUAAACACCCCGCUUCCCGUUUCCUCCUCCUCUCUGCCCUCGUUUCCUUAUACUGUCGCUCUUUAUCUACUUGUCACUCAUUUAUUUCGUCCUCGUGCACGGCAUCAAGCUCCACUGCACCAGCUCACCUACAUCCUCAGCUCAAAUACACGAUACCUCAUAUUCUACACUGGGUCGCCAAUAGUCUUAAUUUGCAAGCAUGAAGUUGUUGGCUUCCCUCGUCGCUCUCACAGCUGCCGCCGCGGUUGCUGCGCCAGCUCACCAUGUCAAGCCUCGCAGCCUCGUCGACGAUGCUGCUCCUCACCAAGACGACCCCAACUUCAUUAGCGCCGUCAUGAGAGCCCAUUGGUACUGGCGCCGUCUCCACUGCGCCCAGGACCUGAUCUGGGAUGUGGAUCUUGCGAACGCUGCUCGCUCGGACAUCGAAGAGUGCACCCACGAACCCAAGCACCAUCGCUCUGGUAGCAACCUCUCCUCUGUGAAGCCGGCUCCCGCAAAUUACGAUGAGUGGGUUGAGUUCGCCCGCACGGCAUCGCACGGCUGGCACGAGGAGGAGACCAAGUACCCAUACGACAAUCCUCACUUUGACGCUGCCUGGGGUCACUUCUCCCAGAUGGUAUGGCGCAACACUACCCGCGUAGGCUGCGCUGUUGGUCACUGCAGUGACGAAGUCCUGUACCCGGGCCGCUUCUACUGCUACUACGAGUUCUUCGGCAAUAACAUUGCUGCCGGACAAUUCGCUGCGCAGGUCUGGGCUCCAGUCUGUAGAGACCCUAGCAUGGGCGAGGCUACGGCGCGCGAGGAUGUCAACUUCAACUGGGCUCUCGCUACGUAGACUUGCACUACACGGUCGCACGAAACCUCACGAGGCGUCCAAGAGUAAUACGAUACUAUACCAGCUGUUAGACGGCAGAAAAGGGACUUGUCGUCGAUACGGCACGACGAUAGACUAUUCGCUGUUUGGACCCGGCAUCCGCGGCACAUCUAUCUUGUCUUCUUCCUAUGGCUAGUCAAAGUUGGGACCCCAACUU